CUCACAUGUGCCAUUUUUGUCAGAGGUGUUUAUGGUUUCGACUUGCAGAACAGGACGAGCGGAUUGAGGAGGGAGCCUUGAAUUGUUAGAAGGGUAACAGCUUUAUUGCAAACGUGUCACUACUGUGAAACCAGCAAAGACAAAAAUAUGUCAGAGUUGUUUGGAGAGUCCACUUUUUCCAAAGAAGUAUCAUCAGAGGGUGACACAACAUUUUCUCAUGACCAAGCCUUUGAUACCACAGUCAGUGAUGAAUGGGAACCAAGCAUUUCAGAAGAGAGUGAAGAUGAAGUUUGGGAACCUAAAAAGGUUGCUAAUAGAAAAACGAAAGUUAAAGCUAGUGUUGCAAAGGUUAAAGUAAAAAAAGAGAGAACUGUAAGAAAAACAAAGAAAACUGUUGCUAAAGAAAACCCGCUGACAGACAUGGUUGGCAUGGAAGAUUCUGUUUGCACAGAAGAAUCAACGAAAGAUGUGAAACGUGCACCCAAAGUUAAACGAGAAGUUAUAAAAUCUGCACCAAAAAUUAAACGAGAAAAAUCAAGUCCAAAGGUGGCCAAACCAAGAAAAAACACGAGUGGAAAAAAAUGUAAUAAUGCCAUAAAAACAGAAACGAACAUAAAAGCAGAAACAGAGAGCUUUAUGUGCAGUGAUCUGCCUUGUUCAAGUCUUCAGCAGCCUUCCUUAAAUUUUCAGCAGUUUGGAGUUGCAGUCAUAAAAGAAGAAAUGGGUAGUGAUUUCACAUGUGAACCUCCUUUAAAGAAGAUAAAAACCUCUGAAUACCCUGAUGGAAAGCCAGUACGACCUUUUGUAAAUCGUUCAAAAAUCCUUGGAGAUGCUCAAAUGAACUGGGAUAUUACGCAGCUUUUGUCAGAGAAGUCCAGCAUUGAACCAUGGGUAUGCAAAAAUAUUAUCAAUCUUUUCCAAGAUGAUAAUACCAUUCCAUUCAUUGUACGUUACCGAAAAGAGCUUAUUAAUAAUCUUGAUGGAGAUACAUUACGAGAUGUAAAGCAGACUUUAGAUGAAUUGUGUAAUAUUGCAAAAAAAGCACAUUCGGUAGUACAGAGGCUGAAGAAGGAAGGCAAGUUAACAGGACCCUUACAAUCAGAGCUACUCAGCUGUAAGACUGCAGAGGAAGUCGAACAUGUGUCUGCUCCGUAUAAAACUGGAAGCAAAGGGACAAAGGCACAACGAGCAAGACAGCUGGGCCUAGAACCUGCAGCCAAAAUGCUAAUUGAGAAUCCAGGGGCUCUCUUUCUACAGGCUUGCAUAAAGCCAGAUGUCAAAGGUAUAUCAACAUUAAUUGAAGUUGAGGCUGGUGUACAACACAUAUUAGCUGAUGUGUUUGCAAAGGACAGAGAAGCACUGGACUAUGUCAGAAAGCUUUGUACAUUCAACCGUAUCAUGAUAGAAUCAUCCUUGAGCAAGGUGGCAACAUCAAAGGAAGGUGCAGAAAAAGAUGUGGAGAAAUUCAAGCUUUAUCACAAUUUCAACUGUAGCAUUCGGAAUAUUCAGCCUCAUCAGAUUCUGGCCAUUAACCGAGGGGAGAAUUUGAAAAUCUUGACAGUGAAGAUCAACAUUCCUGACAGGGUGAAGAAUGAAUUCUGUAGGUGGUGUGUCAAUGUAAGGUUUAAGCCCCAAGGCUAUGCAAGGCCAGAACUAAUGAAGAUACUGAGAGAUGCGGCUGAAGAUGCAUACAAACGCCUUAUUUAUCCCCUUCUUUGUAGAGAAUACAGAUCCAAAUUUACUUCAGAUGCUGAGAAAGAGUCUGUGAUGACAUUUGGAAAGAAUCUUCGGCAGCUUCUCCUUACAAAUCCUGUUAGGGGACGGACGUUGUUGGGAGUAGAUCCUGGUUAUAAACACGGCUGCAAAUUAGCCAUCAUCUCGCCUACAAGUCAAAUACUCCACACUGACGUUGUCUACAUAAAUGCAUGUGGCUCAGCUAGCGGACUUCGUGAUGCUGAGAAAAUACGACAACUUCUGCUGAAUUACAAUUGCAGCACUGUAGUAAUUGGGAAUGGAACUGCCUGCAGAGAAACAGAGCGGUACUUUGCAGAUCUAAUACAGAAGAAGUUCUUUGCGCCACUCGAUGUUGUGUACUGCAUUACAAGUGAAGCUGGGGCUUCUAUCUACAGUGUGAGUGCAGAUGCUGCAAAAGAAAUGCCUGAUUUGGAUCCCAACCUCAGGAGUGCGGUUUCCAUUGCAAGACGUGUGCAAGAUCCUUUAGCAGAACUAGUAAAAAUCGAGCCAAAACAUAUUGGAGUAGGAAUGUACCAGCAUGACGUGUCACCGACUUUACUUAAAAGCAUGCUUGGCAGUGUUGUUGAAGAGUGUGUCAGCUUUGUAGGAGUAGAUAUCAACGUUUGCACAGAAACCUUAUUAAGGCAUGUUGCAGGACUUAAUGCAACCAGAGCGAAAAACAUAUUUGAAUGGCGAGAGAAAAUGGGACCAUUUAUAAACCGUGAACAACUAAAAGAAGUAAAAGGGCUUGGUCCAAAAAGUUUUCAACAGUGUGCUGGAUUCAUCAGAAUUAAUCCAGAAAAUAUAAAAAGUUUUGGCAGCACUAACUUUGCAACAUUGAAAGGUACUGAGGACUUGGAUGAGAAACCACCUAAGAAGAAGAGCAAAGCUACAAAUAUUGCCUUGAAACCAAACCCACUAGACCAAACAUGUAUCCAUCCCGAGUCAUAUAACAUAACAAUGAGGUUUCUUAAAUUAAUUGGUGGGGAUCUCAAGGAGAUUGGCAAACCUGAAAUGCAGCAAAAGGUCAAUGCUGUGCUCACAGGAGGGAUGGAACCUGUUGCUGAAAAUUUACAAACAUCAGUACAAACUCUGCAGAUAAUCAUUGAUGGCCUUACUCAGCCUGAAGGAUAUGAUAUCCGUAAAGAUUUUGACAAAACAGAUUUUAAAAGAAACAUCGUUUCUCUUGAGGAUUUGAGGGUUGGAACUAUUCUUACUGGGAGAGUUGAGAAUGCCGCUGGAUUUGGAGUUUUUGUUGAUAUAGGAGUUGGUAAAGAUGGCUUGAUUCCCAUUCGAUACAUAACGGAAGACAAACUGUCUAAGACUAAGAGGAGAAGAAGCCUUGGUCUUGGUCCUGGAGAACGAGUUGAAGUUAAAGUGCUCGAGAUUGAUGUUCCAAGAUUACGGGUUACAUUGGAUCUUAUCCGUGUUUUGUAGCUGUACAUUUUAUAUGGACUGUACAAACAGGAGUAAAUUUAAAACUGCCAUUUCGUGGAAUGAUUUGAAUCUUAAUAUGUAUGUGUAUAGCUGAUCCUACCACAACAGAAAUCAGUGAACUUGUCACAUCAGUUUUAGUUCUGUGCAGCAAUAUAGAAAGGUUUUAUUCUAACAUCACAUUACAAAGAGUUUUAUUGCUGAAUAUGUAUAGCAGUUUUUGUUUCAAUUCAGAGUGAUUCUGCCAUGUUUUACAAAGAUCACAUAUAGAAGAGUUUCAUAUAAAUACCUUACUGAUCUUAAGUUAA